UUGUACGCGGCGAUCAUCUUCCGGCGAAUCCCUCACGUAACGCGCCUCACGUUCUCCUUGUGAUGCAGGGCGCGCAGAUGUACAGUAGGACCAUGAUGCCGCCACCAAGGAUCAGGGCGAUCAUAGUCAAGGUCGUCCACGUGGCGGAGGUCGAGGUCGGCACCAGUCUCUUUGUCGCCGGCAGCUCGACGACCUCCUCGGUCGUCAGACCCCACCUCUUUGCCUUGGCGAUCAGGGACCUCAGGCGUCGCGACGCCUUCUCACAGGACUUCCUCGACGUCCGCCUGGAUCCUAAGCCGUCUAAACAGCCGUUCCCGAGGUGUCCCAUAAUAUCGCGACGUGUCUCAUUCUCGAGUCAAUCCAACUGCGUCGACGACGAGUUUCGUGAGACCGCAGCGAGCGUGAACCCGGCUACGAGUUCUGAUUCUUCCACCCGACGCGACGUUGUAUCACGAUCCGCACCGCAUUUUUAAGUCGAGAGAAAUACCUGCCGAGGUCUGCGUGGCUCCCUCGAUUCACGUCGUCCUCCGAUUGCAAAAGACACGAGUUUUCUUCGGCAAAUCAGCAUUGCUAAACUCGUACGAUGAUCGAUGGUACGAUCCUUGCGGUGAUCCGUGUCGCUGGGCAUUAUGGUAAUCUUCGCGGCACUAGCUCUAAUGGCAUAAUUACUCAGUCGGGCGAAUCGUCUUUGUCACUUGUUGUCCUCAACUAGCAAACUGGUUCUCACAAGCAUACAUUUUGCAUACUUAAAAUGCAAUUAUUUUCAUUGUGCGCCGGUGGACGUUCGCAGUUUGAAUCGUUUAUAAAGGGACAGUGCAGCCGAAAUAAUUGUCUAAAAUUACGAAAGGUCAGGCUAAAAUUAUAGAUAGAUGGAAAAGAUGAUUAAGUUAUUAUGCAGGUUGCAGACGAAUUAUACGUGUGACGCUAUUCGCGCUGUUGUGCGAGUAAGCAGCUUACGUUCUUUCGCAUCUUUUUGCUGAGUAUCGUGCAAUUGGGUAAUACAGCCAUUAAUUUGCGCGUCGAUCCCAGCCAAUCGGCAAGUCGAUGAAACCGGAAUCGCUUUUAAUUCUCUUUCUCACGGUCAGGCUCGAGGAAAUUGUAAUUGCCGGGCUCCAUGAAUAAUGCAGCACGAAUCGAAGGAAAGAGAACCCGGGUUCGCCUUUCGCAUGAGAGGCGAAAGGGUCGUCGUGACGCCGGUAAAAAGUUUCCGAUCUGCGGAAGCCGUAUGCCGUAGAAAUGAAUUAAGUUUUGCCUUUAAAGUCGAUCACCGCUGCGGGAUUACAUUGUCCUGAAAUUCGACGUCUUUGUACACGCAAAGUUACGUAGCGCGCGCUACGAACUUCUCAUACGGCGCGUUUAGACGCGACUUUCCCACGCGUUUUAUGCGAUUGGCCAACUUUUAGUAGAUUUAAUAUGUCUAUCUUUACAGAGCACGUUCGCCGCUACGAUAAUCGGAAAGUUAGCAAACACCGAUGAGUUCGUUUCCUUUGAGUGUUCACGUGCGUAUGUUACCUCCGCAGUAGAAAGUUCUUUUGUGUGUAAUUUUGUUUCGCUUAACGUUGACUUGGACUACUCGGGACUUAAUUGGCGCAUAAUUGCGUUACGUGAAAAUUGUAGCCAUAUAAAGUGCUUUGCGUAAAUAAAUUAUACAUCAUAUAUUUUUAGUAGAGUUAAAGUUACAGAGAGAGAGAAUGAGAAAAAA